UAAUUUCAAGUUAUAACUCAAAAUUAAGGCCAGCUUCGAGAUAUAAGUCGAAAUUAAGACUAGCUUCGAGUUACAACUCGAAAUUAACGGUAAUUUCAAGUUAUAACUCGAAAUUAAGGUCAGCUUCGAGUUACAACUCGAAAUUAACUGUAAUUUCGAGUUACAACACGAAAUUAAGAUUAGCUUCGAGUUGUAACCCGAAAUUACGUUUGAGUUCCCGUUAUUAUACUCUGUAUUAAUCCAAUCCCGGUUACUAAUUGUUCAGAGUUGACAGCUACUGGCGAUUGUGUUUUAAAUGCGGUAUCGUGGUACUACUUUGUCGAAAUGGAAGAACUGAUCUCAUUUUAUUUUCGUAUGGGUUUACAACAGUGUGAGAUAGUGUCUUGUUUGGCGUUAAAUCAUAGCAUAUUUAUUAGUGAUCGCCACCUUAGACGUUUGCUGAGAAAACUAAAUUUAUUCAGAAGACAGAAUUACUCGGAUAUAACCGAUGUGGCAAACUUUAUUGAAAACAGUGUUCACCAGCACAGCCAACUCCAUGGGUAUCGGUGGAUGUAUUUAAAAUGCUUGCAGGCCAAUUUCGUUGUGACACAAGAAGUUGUGAGACUGUUACUUCACAUUAUUGAUCCGGUAGGUGUAGAUAUUCGCACUAGACGUAGAUUACGUCGUAGGCAAUAUAAGAAUAAAGGACCUAACUUUCUAUGGCAUAUGGACUGUUAUGAUAAACUAAAGCCAUUUGGUAUAUGUAUUAGCGGAUGCAUCGACGGAUUUUCUAGGCGAAUAAUGUGGCUGUAUGCAGGGAACAAUACUAGCGAUCCAAGUGUGAUAGCAGCCUACUAUUUGCUAACAUUAAAAUCAAUUGGAGGUUGUCCUAGAACUGUAAGGGCUGACAUGGGCACUGAAAAUGGCUUAGUCAAAGAAAUUCAAAUUAAUUUAAGAAACCAGGCUUUAACGGAUGAUGGGCAUAGUCUACUGCCUCCUUUUCUGUAUGGAAAAAGUACAUCAAAUCAAAGAAUAGAGUCGUGGUGGUCAAUUUUAAGAAAACAUCAUUCACAGUUCUGGCUUAACCUAUUUCAUAAACUGCGAGAGGAUGGUAAUUUUUCUGGAGACUUUCUGGAUAAAAACUUGAUACAAUUCUGUUUUCUAAAGAUUAUACAGGAUGAACUGGACACGGUGGCCUUAGAAUGGAACUUGCACAGAAUAUCGGGAUCAAGAAACAGUGUUUCGCCAAGAGGUCGACCAUUCACCUUGUAUCAUAUGCCUCAAAUUUACGAUACUACAGACAACAUUUGUCACAUUCCAAUUAAUGAAAUUUCAAACUUUGAUGAAUUCUGUGCAUUUCCAUCCAACUGUCCUUGUGACAGAGAUGUUUAUGAAUUAAGCGUGAUUUUAAUGAUUGAAAAUGAUUUGCACUUGGCUAGGAAUGCACACGAUGCCACAGAUUUAUAUUUGUAUCUACGAGCGAAGAUAGUGGAUCUUAUGAUUUAAUACAACGGUGUAUUGGUUAUCACACAGUGUAUGUCGAUUAUUUUACUUUAUUCACAUACAUUCACAUACAUCGUUUUUAUAAUUAUAAGUAUAUAAAAAUAAAAACUUAACUUAACAUCAAUGUACUUGUAUUUAAGCAGUCAAUAAUAAUUAAAUAAUGUCUAUUAACCACACAUUCCCAAAGCAGUUGCUGCAUUGCCGCGUUGUAUUGCCAAGCUUAUUUGUUGUUGAAGAUAUGUUUUGGCUUGACGAACUCUAGUUUUUGUUUGCAGCAAGGAACCUAUUUAAUGCCACAAUGUUUUGGUUUCUUCGCUCCAGGUUCCCAUGGUUUCAAUGGCGAAAGCAACAAAUUCAUAUGUUUCUUUAAUAUCUUUGUAUUUCUUGUGCUUCAGAGAAACUGUAGAAGCGACUGCAGAACCUGAGAGCAAACAGCUGUUCUGAAGGUGUGAAGCAGCAAGUGUCGACGCAAACCAAAGAACGUCCUUUUUCCACGGAGUUAUAGACAUUCCGUCUGGGCGUUUACCAUCCGUUCGGAAAAGGCCACACGGUUAUAAUAAAUUUGGAAUAUCAAUUGAUACCAGAGCCCGUUUUAAAAUAUUAUUUAUGGCACUAUGUCGUGAACUUUUUGAACAAGACAGACCAUGAUGUCCUAGAGAAUUAAGAGAAGCAGUACAAAUACAUGUAUGAAGAUGGCAAAUGUUUGAACCAAUCCUUAAAGAGACUGCAAUUUGUAAAGCUUGUUUGUCCAAUAAAGUAGUACUCAAGGUAAAGCAUUUAACCAGGCACCAGACUCUGGUUGUGAUGAAGGAAGUCAAACAAUCUUUAUGUGGGGAAAAUUUUUGUUAU